GAAGAUAUUCAAAUUACUGCUGCUGAUCAAGCAAAAAUAAACAGCUUUGCCAAAUCUAAUAUAAAACUAAAAGAAUACGAGAAUCUUCUCCAAAAUCUUAAUGAUUUGGAAGAUGAGCUCUUAUUAACAGAAGCCGAAUUUCAUCCUUUCAAAAUAGGCGAGUCAUUCUUUCACCUUUCCACUGAUGACACAAAUGAGAAAAUUGAAGAGCAGAAAAAGAUGCUCAAGGACCGUCUUAUUACUCUUGAGUCCGAAUUGGGUGAUUGCAAAGUCACCAUGUCAACUUUGAAGAAGGAAUUGUAUGCGAAAUUUGGCGAUAACAUUAAUCUUGAAGAAUCAUAA